AUGCCAUUUGUCCAGGUUGUGGGUAUGACGUCGACUGGGAAGUCUUUUUGUAUCGCACAUGCCGUUAUUUGUAAAGAACGAAGGGGUAACUACGUGUGGGUGCUUGAGCGGAUCAAGUCAAUAUUGCAUGAAUCUAGAAAGUGCAAGUCAGGGUUCGAUAAAGAAGAUUGGGGGAAAUUUAUGUCGUACUGGCGGACAUUGUGCGAAUCUUCAUCAGAGCCCAUGUACAAGUACAACUUGGAGAAAAUGUAUAACCGACUCGUGGUUGCCAACCGAGAAAGUGUCUAUGAUUACGUCUACGAAAACUGGCUCAAAGACUAUAAAGAAAUGUUCGUUUAUGCGUGGACCGAUAAGUGUCGCAACUUUGGUCAGCGCACCACCAACAGAGUUGAGAGCCAGCACGCAAAUUUAAAAAGAUACAUUACGCGCGGGAGUUCAUUGGAGCGAAUAGCAAGAUGCAUCAUUGAUAUAGUUGAAACUCAGUACGAUGAAAUACAAAAAAGUUUCACUGAGAGCAUCGAAAAAACGAUGAACCACCACAGACACCGAAUGUUGGACAACCUACGUGGAAAGGUUUCCCAUGAAGCACUUGAUUUGCUGGAAAAAGAGCUACUGAGGAAGAUGGAUGUGUUGCGGAAACUUAGAAAAAUGGAGGAAAUGGAUUUCGAAGGAGAUAUUCCGGAGCAGCCGCAGCGGAAACGGCGGGCGCGUCCACCGCCGGAUCCUCUAGAGAAUCACCCCUAUUUGGAGUUUCCGGACGAGUCCGAGGCUGCUCUCCGUUGCGAGAAGCUUCGGAAGAUGCAUAUUGGUGAACAUUUUGCGGUUUCGUGGAAAACCCUCCGGAAGCUUGAGGUUGAAGAUUGGGUGCGGGGGUUUGUUCCCGUUGAUUCACCGUGGGAUCGUCUGUUUGAGCUAUCGUUUACGCCGACCUACAGGGAGAUACUAGUCGAGUUUCUAUCGUCGUUCGAGUUUCAUCCUCGUCGGCCAAAUGAGGUUGUGGACCCCGCGCAGCCCCCUCCCCCGCCCGAGGUUUCUUUUCGCAUGGCUGGCCAGGCGCGCGAAAUGUCACUUGCACAGUUUGCGGUGCAUAGCGGUUUGUAUACGGAGGCUGAGAUUGCUACGGAUCUUUAUACGAAGGGGCUCGUAAUGAUUGAUAAACCCACGCUAUUAGGAUUUUGGGAUCUGAUCGCGGACAUCCGUCAUUGGGACCACCACCAAUCCAAGGGGAGGAGUACGCUGAUUGAGGAUCCGCUCUUCAGGUAUUUGCACAAGAUGAUUUCCACUUCGAUCACUGCUCGAAACAAAAGCCGGGAGUGGUGUACGAGUGGUGACUUGUUCUUUUUAUAUUGCCUCUUAUACAAGAGGCCGUGCGCUCUCGCCUACGGGUUGGCGCAGUAUUUCGCCUCCGCGCAUCAUCGACAGGAGCGCGGAAUGCUAUUCGGCGGCGCCUACGUGACCAAGAUAGCCCAUUCGUUGGGCUAUCAUCCGGAGAACGACCGCGGCCGUGUAGGCCCGGCGACACAGCCAAAGCGGAUGGGGAUGAACACAGUAAACGGGAUGCAAAUUACCAAAGACUUUCCAUGCGGGAAGCGGUUAAAGAAACUGGACGGCACGCAAUACCAGCUUACGGAACUGCCAGAAGACUUCCCUCUGAUUUAUCCCCCGCACGAUCCGGAGCCGCCGCAGCCGCAUGUGCCGGCCGCCGUUAUUCCGCAGCCACCACAGCCGCGUGGACCACCCGGGGCGCCCCAGUUCCCACGCCAUGUUUGGCCCGGUGCUGACCCGUCACAUGAGCGGCUGCUUCGAAACGUUGAAAGAAACAAUUAUUUGUUAGAGUGUGUGGCUGCGGCGCUGCAGCAGCAGCGACAGCAUGACGGGUUACCUCCACUAUCCUUCAUUGCGGAUGCGGACUGGGAUCAGCAGCAGCAGCAGCAGCAGGAGCAGCAGCAGCAGCAUCAGGAGCAGCAGCAGUAG